UUUAACUUCCAAAUGUGUCCACCACCAACCACUGAGCUUCUUCUGAACAAACAUUGAUUGCUUUUGACUUUGACAACGAUCCUCCACCAGUUCGUGUCUGCAACUGCAACUGCAACUGCAACUGCAACCCCAUCAUCGUAACUCCUUCGAUCUCACUCAAUCUUCCCAUUCUCUCUCAAACAACCAGAAGAAGAAGAAGAAGAACCUGGUCAGCGUUGAACUCUGGUUCUUCACCUUCAACAUGGGUUCCGAUCCUUUCUCUUCAACAAAGCCUAUCCCAAUCCCAACCCAUGACCAAGAAGAACAUGAUUCACCUUCAUCAAUAGCUCUUCUUGCUUUCAACACUGACUCUUCUUCUUCUUCACCUUCUUCACCCCACAAAGCUCUCUUCAUCUCCCUCAUCAUCAUCACCUGCAUUUCUCUCUCAGCAGCCACUGCCUUCGCCUUCCUCUUCUUCUCUUCACCAUCACCAAAACCCCAUCUCACUCCCACUCCCAUUCCCACCCCUGCUUCUUCCUCUGUCUCAACCGUGGCUCGUCCUCUCACCAAGCUCAAACGCCCUGUGGUGCUGUUGAUUUCCUCUGAUGGGUUCCGAUUCGGGUACCAAUUCAAAACCCCGACACCCCAUAUCACCCGUUUGAUAGCAAACGGAACAGAAGCUGAAACUGGGUUGAUUCCGGUUUUUCCAACGCUAACUUUCCCUAACCAUUACUCUAUUGCCACUGGACUCUACCCUGCUUAUCAUGGAAUAAUCAACAACCAUUUUUCUGAUCCACUGUCUGGUGAAGCUUUCUACAUGGGAAGCCAUGAUCCUAAGUGGUGGCUUGGGGAGCCUCUGUGGGAGACUGUGGUCAACAAUGGGUUGAAAGCUUCUACAUUAUUCUGGCCAGGUUCUGAGGUAAUAAAAGGAUCUUGGGCUUGCCCUGUUGAGUUUUGUAGCCAUUAUAAUGGUUCUGUUCCGUUUGAGGAAAGAGUUGAUGUUGUUUUGAAGUAUUUUGAUUUGCCUAGUGAUGAGAUUCCUGAUUUUUUGACACUUUAUUUUGAGGACCCUGAUCAUCAGGGUCAUAAGGUUGGAUCUGAUGAUCCUGAGAUUACUCAAGCUGUUGCUAGGAUUGAUAGCAUGAUAGGGAGGUUGAUUAGGGGUUUGGAACUAAGAGGGGUUUUUGAGGAUGUUAGUGUUAUCAUGGUUGGUGACCAUGGAAUGGUUGGUACAUGUGAUAAGAAGUUGAUUUUUCUUGAAGAUUUAGCUCCUUGGAUUGAUAUUCCUCCAAAUUGGGUCAUAACACAUACUCCUGUGCUCGCGAUUCGUCCACCUGGUGGUUAUGCUGCAUCGGAUGUUGUUGCUAAGAUGAAUGAAGGGUUGAACUCAGGGAAAGUUGUGAAUGGGAAGAAUUUGAAGAUGUAUCUGAAGGAGGAUCUACCUAGCCGGCUUCAUUACGCAGCAAGUGAUCGGAUUCCGCCGAUAAUUGGUUUGCUUGAAGAAGGUUUUAAGGUUGAGCUGAAGAAAACAAAGCACCAGGAGUGUGGUGGAUCACAUGGUUAUGACAAUGCAUUUUUCUCCAUGAGGAGUAUUUUCAUUGGACAUGGUCCUCAAUUUGCGAGAGGGAGGAAGAUACCGUCAUUUGAGAAUGUUCAGAUUUAUAACUUGGUUACUUCUAUUCUCAAGAUAAAGGGUGCACCUAACAAUGGCUCUGCCUCAUUUGCUGAGUCUGUUCUUCUAUCUGGUUCAUGAAGCUAUUAGAGUUUUUGUUGGAUGAGGAAAUUGUAGCUGUGGAACACCAGUAAGUAAAAUAUUGAAGUGCCAAGCUGCAAGAUAAUGUGCUCUCUAGGAGAGAUGGCCAAAGCAGCAAUAUGAACAUGCAGAAAGAAAAAAGUAUCAAUUGCCUUUGCAUGCAACGAGGUUCCUGAAAUUAGUUAUCAGAAGUUGCACGUAAAUAAUACAUGUACUUCCAUUUAUUUGGUUCCGAUAUUUAGUAUGCUUGCAUCAGCUUAUUUUUCUUCAGAAUCAAUUCAGGCACCUGAAAGUUACUCACAAAGCUUCUCUCCCCCAUAUUGGUUUUGGCUUUAGAAUCAAUUGUAGAAGAUUUUCAAACAUUAUUAUUACUUAUGAGCUGCAUAAGUAGAAAUCACUAGAAAUCAAGCAAGUUUAGCUUUAACAAUGUUUUAUUUGGGGUGUAACUUGAAAGUAAUAUACGAUCAGAGGAAUUUGAUGUUUUUGAGAUAGAGUGAGAUCCCCAUUUGGAUAUUGAACUUCUCAUUUUCCACUUUAUAUCUUUGAUGUUUCCUAUAAA